AGAAGCUAGAAGCACCAUCGUAGUCAUAUUUCCUUGUGUUGCGCUUGAGUCCCUGUCUUCGCAAUCCUUGCUUUCUGUUAUCAUAUCCUGUUCUUUGUGGUUUUACUGUCUUUUUGAGAGUGAACCCUGAAUCAUUUGCUAGUGGUCCAAGUAGGAAUUUAUAAUAAUGGUAUUGCUUGUGUCAGCAAUUCUGUUAAUUCUGGUAGUGUGUAUAUUGAUAAAACUAUGGUAUCAUCCGCUACUAGUGGAUCUGGGAGCAAGAAGAUUGCCACCAGGUUCUAUGGGAUGGCCAUAUAUUGGAGAAACAUUGCAGCUAUACUCUCAGAAUCCAAACAUCUUUUUCUCUGAUAAACAGAAGAGGUAUGGAGAUGUAGUAAAAACACAUAUUCUAGGAUGCCCUUGCGUUAUGAUAGCAAGCCCAGAGGCUACAAAAUUUGUGUUGGUGAAAAAUGCUCACCUUUUCAAGCCCACGUUUCCAUCGAGCAAGGAGCGCCUGCUUGGUCGGAAUGCUCUGUUUUUCCAGCAAGGGGAAUUUCAUGCACGCCUCAGAAAAGCUGUGCAGUCUUCAUUGCUUCCUCAGGCCAUUCGUAGCAUUGUUGCAGAUAUAGACGAAACAGCCCAAGCUAUCUUGAAGAUGUGGGAGGGACAGACUGUAAUUACAUUCCAGGAGAUGAAAAAGUAUGCGUUUGAAGUGGGAAUUUUUUCCAUUUUCGGUCCCUUGAAUCCUGCCUACAAAGAAGAUCUGAAGAAACAGUAUCGCAUUCUUGAAGAGGGCUACAAUUCAUUGGCUGUCAAUCUUCCUGGAACUCCUUUCAAUAAAUCCCUUAAAGCGAGGGAGAAGCUCGGCGAAAUAGUGAGUAAGAUAAUUACAGAAAGACGAAGCAUGAAUGUUCCGCAAAAGCAUCUGCUACAGUCAUUAUUGGCGUACAGAGAAGAAACAGGGGAAGGUCUGAACGAGGAGCAAAUUACUGAUAACGUAAUUGGCGUAUUUUUUGCAGCGCAGGAUACAAUAGCUUCUAUCUUGACAUGGCUUGUUAAAUUCCUCGCUGAAUAUCCCGAGAUUCUGGAUGCUGUCACGGCCGAGCAAGAGGACAUUCAACGAAGCAAGACAAACAAGGAGGAUUUCUUGACAAUGGAAGAUAUCAAGAAAAUGCCGGUGACAACAAGGGUUAUUCAGGAAACUUUGAGGGUAGCAACAGUGUUGUCCUUCACAUUCAGGGAAGCAGUCGAAGAUGUUGAGUAUAAAGGUUUCACCAUUCCCAAGGGCUGGAAAGUAAUGCCGCUCUUCAGAAAUGUACAUCAUAAUCCGGAAUUCUUCCCGGAUCCUCAACAAUUUAACCCUUCCAGAUUCCUAGUGCCGCCAAAGCCAAAUACUUUCAUGCCGUUCGGGAACGGAGUCCAUUCGUGCCCUGGGCAGCAACUGGCAUACACAGAGAUCCUUAUCUUAAUCCACCGUCUUACGAUCGAGUACAGGUGGAAAGAAGCCGGUACUGAGAAUGGGAUCGAAUAUAGCCCCUUCCCCAUACCGAAACAAGGAUUUCCAAUAAAGGUAGUCCGUAAAUGUACAGAAGACCGCAGCCAAAGCAAAUAUUGACACGGGGAAAGGAAGCAGACAAAAGGCAAGUGAGAUCCAUAUGUAGGUAAUCGGCCGAAUCUAAAGCGAUACUGUGAGCCAAGAAUACCAUAUCGGGGAUAAUCAUUCAUGUCGAAUCAGCCGAAUAGAAUACUAAACAAAAAUCACACCAAAUCAACUGACCAGUACCUGGAAAUUUUGAAGGGGGUAUAUUUUGUACACAAUGCCGCCCACCAUGUGACCAUCCAGCUUAAAGUUUGCUAUCCGAUUCCAAGAUCGGAUCCUCUGAUUUGUCUCAUACAUGCUGUGUCGUUGUUAAAUAAUUUUCAAUUUUCUGGUAGAAUUUGUUUCCAGAGACCAUCUGCUCCCACAGGAUUUCUCACAGUCCCCAAUGCAUUGUAGUGAUCCAAAGCCAUACUGAUGGCGAUUUUGUAUCUUAUGAUAUUUCCUUUCUUGGGAUUUGCAAGAAGAAUGAAAUUUAUCAAGCCA